AUGACGAGCCGCACACCCCGGCUCGCGACGUCCAUCGCGCGACAGCAAACUUCGUCACUAUCGCACAUCUCAACAUGUCCCUACCGUAACGCCGCCCUCGCCCGCUCAAUACACACGCAGAAGAAUGCGACACCAAGCCUCCACCACCCCUCGCGGCGGCGAAACCAGUCCUCCUGGGCCGCCGCCGCCCACGUAGCGCAAAACGUCAUGUCGUCGCCGCCACCCGAUGCGCCCAUCAAGAUGGACCCCUUCCAAACCGUCGCCCGCGAAAUGAAGUUCCUCACCGGAAACAUACGAUCCCUCCUCGGAUCCGGGCACCCCACCCUCGACACCGUCGCAAAGUACUACACGCAGAGCGAAGGAAAAUACGUGCGCCCCAUGCUCGUCCUGCUCAUGAGCCGAGCCACAGCCCUCACACCACGGAGUUCAAGACGGGACUUGGGAAUUGGGAGUCAAAGCGCGGAUAUCUCGAUAACAAACCCACGGAUCCUGGCAGACGAGAACCCGGAUCAAAGUCCUAUUAGCAGUAUACGACAUGACUCUGCGUACACGCCUGAAGACAGCGAUAUCCUCCCUUCCCAGCGCCGGCUCGCGGAAAUCACAGAAUUGAUUCACACAGCUAGUCUACUCCACGACGAUGUAAUCGACCACUCCGUCUCCCGCCGCGCCGCACCCAGCGCGAACAUUGAAUUUGGCAAUAAAAUGGCCGUCCUGGCGGGCGAUUUCCUGCUUGGCCGUGCCUCCGUCGCACUCGCCCGUCUCCGCGACCCAGAAGUCACAGAACUCCUCGCUACCGUCAUCGCAAACCUCGUCGAGGGCGAGUUCAUGCAGCUCAAAAACACCGCCAGGGACGAGAAGAACCCCAGUUGGACCGAAGACACAGUAGCAUACUACCUCCAAAAAACAUACCUCAAAUCCGCCUCCCUCAUCUCGAAGAGCUGUCGCGCCGCCGCUAUUCUGGGUGGCUCGAGUCCCGAGGUCGUGGAGGCGGCGUAUCUGUAUGGAAAGAACUUGGGCUUGGCGUUCCAGCUCGUAGACGAUAUGCUGGAUUACACGGUUAGCGAAGCGGAGCUGGGGAAGCCGGCGGGUGCGGAUUUGGAAUUGGGACUUGCGACUGCGCCGUUGUUGUUUGCGUGGAAGGAGGAGAGUAGUUUGGGGAAAUUGGUGGGGAGGAAGUUUUCGAAGGAGGGGGAUGUCCAGAGGGCUCGCGAGAUCGUCUCGCAAAGUUCUGGUCUAGAGCAGACCCGCGCUCUGGCACAAGACUACGUCGACAAGGCCAUUGAGGCUAUCUCCUUCUUCCCCGAAAGCGAAGCCAAGACCGGACUGGUGGAUAUGUGCACCAAGGUCAUGAAGAGGAGAAAGUGA